GUGGGCCUUUUCCAACGUCUCCCGCCUCUUGAUGUUCAGUGUCCGCUUCAGCAAACCUCCAUUGGGAGUUGGGACGCUGUCACUCUUCACCCUACUCGCGGACACAGCUCUCCUCCAGAAUCGCUCACUGGUACCUUCCAAUUACCAGAGCUUCUCCGAUUUUCUUUCUAUGUUUCUGCGGAAAAGAACUUUUAAAUGCGCUCAAAGACAAAAGUUUCAUUUGAAAGUGCUUCUGUGGGAAAGGAUUGGAGGGUGCAUUUGUUUUUGAAGCUGAGAUAGGAUAACAGACUGCUUUGAGUAGAAAAAUGAGGUUUAAUAAAUCUCUCCUCUCUAAAGUAUCAAAAUUUUGUUCUCGACCAAAGCAUGAAUUAGCGGGAAAAUUGUUGGAGGAAGUACCAAGAAUCUCAGGCCGAUCAAAAAUUCUCAAUAAGGGAGAUGUCUGUGGAUCUUCCGGGAACCGGAAAAUUCACGACUACGGAAGUAGGACAGUUAUCACCCCCGGGAGCAAGGGUAAAGGAAAGGACAUGUUGGGGCCCGAUGUUACUUACCGGACUGUGCCAUUGAAGGUCCAUCCAGAGACGAUAUUCGCUCCUGUCAAGAGCACGAAUGGGGUGGUAUCUGUUCUGAUAGAUUAUGAUGAUCUUCAUGAUUUAGUUGAUAAUGAAAGCGCUAAAAAGCGAUCUUGUAUGAAUCUUAAAGGUGCAAAGGAUGAAUUUGACGACUCCUUAGCAUAUAAAAGGUUUCCAUCCAUCAUUCUUGGUAGUUCUCCUCAGGUUGAAUUGUAUGAUGAGACUGCAUGUUGCUCUGAAUUGAGUAGGGUUUUAGCUACCCAAAAUUGUGAAGGAUUUCUUCCUAAUUCCAUUGGUGCCAAGCUGGUUCAAGAGGGUUCUAGGGAAACAGGGCCUUCUGUGUCUCCUGUGCUUCUGAGUGUAACACCUUCCCCACUAAAAGAAGAUUCUUAUGAGACUUUAUCUUUUCAGCCUGUUGCUUUAGAAACUAUAGAAAAAUCAAAUUCUUCAGUCACUGUAAAGGAAUCUUCUAUCAAAGUGGGGCCUGAAUCACUGCUAAAUUCUGCCCCCAUUGAGUUAUUUCUUGACAGAUCUAUCAAUUGCAUACCUGGAUUAAGUAAGAGGCACUGUCGUCAGCUGGAAAAUUGUGGCUUUCACACGGUGAGAGAUAAUUUGCGGGAAUUGCUAUAUCAUUUUCCUCGAACUUAUGCUGAUUUACAGAAUGCGCAGACUGCAAUUGAUGACAGACAAUACCUGAUUUGCAUUGGGAAAAUCUUAUCUUCAAGGGGAAUCAGAAAUAGCUGUUCUUUUUCAUUUCUUGAGGUGGUUGUGGGCUGUGAGAUUGCAGACAAUCAAUCAACUUCUGAGCAUACAGUCGAUGAUAUUGAUAGUAAAGGAAAGAAGACAAUUUAUUUGCAUCUGAAGAAAUUUUUUCAUGGUACUCGUUUUACAUUUCAACCUUUUCUUAAAAGUCUUGAAGAGAAGCAUAAAGAGGGAGAGAUUGUUUGCGUUAGUGGUAAGGUGGGCACCAUGCAUACUAAGGAUCACUUUGAAAUGAGAGAGUACAAUAUUGAUGCUCUUGAAGAUCAAAAGGAUUUAUCUUUUUGUGCGAAAGAGAAGCCGUAUCUCAUAUACCCUUCAAAAGGAGGCUUAAAUCCAAACUUUCUUAGAGACAUAAUUGCAAGAGCCUUACGGUCCUUGCCUGUCAAUAUUGAUCCUAUACCGAAAGAUGUGACUCAGGGCUUCGGACUAUUAAGCCUUCGCAAUUCCUAUUUCUUAAGAAGCUGCAAAAAGCGACGGUUGCAGUUCCAGGAAUUGUGUCUGCAAAAUUCCCCACAAAAGAUAGCUGUGGCAGAACCACCGUUAUGCACAUGCGGGGCUGGACGCAUGGUCUUGUUUAUGGCAAGGACGGAGAAGAACUAUGGGCGAUGGUUUUAUAGGUGCCCGCUUUGGGAGGACCACCGACUCAGCUUUUUGUGGGUUGAUGAAUUCUACCCGGAAGAAGUACUCACUCCGGUGGUAGAAGCUGUGAGACAACCUCAUAGGAGAGAUACGGCGGCACGAGCAAAGUGGUGGGUGUUGGCUCGCUAUUGCAGGUAUACAGCUGCUGUAGGGCUGUUCUCGUUUAGUGUAAUUGUGCUAUUUGUUGCUAUUAUUGCGAAAUAGUAACAACAAAUAGUUUAUGAACAAUGUGAUGAAUGUUAACUCUAUGUAGUUUAUGUUUAAACUCAAAAUGGCUUGUACUAUGUUAUGUACGAUGUUAGUAUUUAUAAUGCAUGUCAAUCUGUAUGUUAGCUUCAGAGCAGGUAGCUAAAAUAACUACCGAA